CAGACUGUAUGCGUCUCCUCGCCUCCAGGUGCUUGUGUCCUCUUGGAAUUCUCCCAAAAAAACCAAACGACAGAGCUCGCUUGCAACGUGGAGUAUUUCCAAUAAGAGGAUAUGGACCUAGAUGAGGCGCUCUCUGGUUUUGAAAAUCCACUAUAGGCCCUCCUCGUCCAGAGCCACCUACUAUAGACGCUGCUUCGAUAACUGAGGUCCUCAAAUACUUGCUCCCAGCAAUUGUCGAAACUGGCCUACAGGACGACAUGGAUCAUUCGGGUCGACGCCGGAAUCUGAAGAGGUCCCGAGCACAAACCUCGCUGCUUGCCAAUCAGCACUCGGCUUCGACCCAGCCUUAGUGCAUGACGAUGCCGACGCAUGGGAUGCAGAACGCAUUGUUGGGCCAGAUACAUUGUCCUCGAGGUCUCAUCGCCACAGGGGCUUCUAGCGCUGGCAGUGGGCCCACCGAGGAUCGCUCGGACUGCGAUCCUGCCCUCGUCUCAGCAAAUUUAUCGGAAUGAUCUGGUUUACGAUCGUGCGCUGUGCUCGCCUACAAGGCAGACAACUGCUGAGUAUCGUACAUGCAUAGAAGAUCGUGGCGGCACGGAACGCACCUUUUGUCUUCGAUGGGCCCGGAAUAGCGCACCCUUCCAGUUGUCCAGUUUCGUCGCCAUAGUGGAUUCUUGCACUCGCAAUCGGCCCAGCAAGGAUCGAUCGGACUGUGAUCCUGGUCCCACUCACCACAAAUGAAGCGGAGUGGGAUGGUUCGCGGUCGUGCGCUGUGCUAGCCUACGAUACAGGCAAAUGCUGAGUGCACUGCAUGGAAAGAAGACGGCGGCAGCGCGGAGCACACCCUUUGUCCCCGACGGUCCUGGGGUAACUCGCGCUUCCAGUCGUCGAGUCGCAUUCCUCCAAUAACAAAGCGGUUUUCCUCCCUCCACCAGUACACACGACCUCUCAAUCCGCAUACUGAUCAAUCUCUCGCUCUUCGCCUCCUACGACGGGCUUGCCGCGUGUGAUCGUCGUUCGUUGCAGUCUGUCGGCUCCAAGGGCUUGCACAUACGGAAACCGGGGAUCGCGCCUAGUUUCCAAACGAGCAGAGAUCCUGUGUAAUGCCCAUUUGAUGCGCCGUCCAAUGCGCUCCGGAUUGAGGCCGGAAGAGUGGCGAUAACAGUCCGACAAGUACCAAUAUCCCAGAUGCAGCUCGCGCCAUCUUCCACGAAUAGAGAGACCAUUCCGGUCGUUCUGCAUGUCCGCUGAGCGGGACAUCGCCCAAAGAAACGUCCCCAAGAACCUGGUCCAGCAAAUCAAGGUGGUUGUGCGGGGGCCCGUUUGGAGCUGGCGAUGCGUUCGCAAUCAGGGCGGCCUCACAGAGACUUGACGUGUGGCUGUCGACGCAGUGUCCGCGAAGCUCGACCUUGUAUACCGAUGGGCUAGCGGUCGAAUGUGCAACAGCUGUUUCUGUUACCCAAAUGUGUCUAUGCUGAGAGCAGGUCCCGCGCUCCUAACGUUCUUCGCGACUCGGGAAUCCUCGAGCGAAACAUCCCGAAGUCUAUCCAGCCUGUCCACCAGAAAUCAGCGGCACACUGGGGCCUUCUGUAGACCCAUGCACGUACCCCACUAGCCUCUAUCCGCGGAAGUGGAA